ACUCUUCGUAUACUCUCAUUCACCCCUUUGAAUGUGUGUGUGUUUAUAUGUGUAUAUAUAUAUAUAUAUAUAUAUGCAAUUAUCUGUUUCAUCAAUAGUCUGCUCUUCAGGGGGAGAAUCAUAGAGUUGAAGCGCGGCUCACGGAUACGCGUGGAUUGCCGUGAAAUCCUUUGUGGAUUUGGGUUAUUUAACAUAAACGAAGGAGGGAAUAGAAGGGCUUUUCGUUGCGGCUUACCUGGUACGCGAUUUGGAGUUUGGAAUUGCUAUAGCUAUGGAGGCUUCUUCUACUAUGGUGAUCAAGGUCAAGUAUGGGGAUAUGCUUAGGCGUUUCAAUGCCGAGAUUGUUGAGGAGGAUCUGAAUCUCAGUAUGGAUGGACUAAGAAAGAAGAUCCUUUCCCUCUUCAGCCUUGCUCCUGAUACUGAGCUGAUGCUCACUUAUAUUGAUGAAGAUGGUGAUGUUGUUACUCUUGUUGACAAUGAUGAUCUUCACGAUGUGGUGAAGCAGGCUCUAAAUCCAUUGAGAAUUACUAUUAAGGUGAAUGGUGAAAAAAAUGGCAGACAGUAUAAUUGUUCAACUCCCUUGAGGUCGCCGGGAGUGCAACAACCGCUUCAGAAUCUGAAUACUGGUGUCUCUGAGCUUCUGAGAACAGUACCGGAGCCUCUACGUGAAACACUUGUGAAACUCUCAGCUGAUUUGGUAUCUAAAGUAUCUUCCUCUGCUCCUGGUAUUACUGAGCUUGUUGACCAUCUCUCAAAAGUGCGCUUAUCCUACUUGGGUCAGCUUUCGGAGGACCAACCUAGGGCAAAGUCUAGCAUGCAGGAUGAUGUUCCUGAAAGCAGCACAGCUGCAAGAGAAACCAAUGAGCUCUUCAAGGUUGGCACAAUAUUGGAGGCUUUAUCCAAUGUAAGAUCUGAGCUAUCUUCCAGAAACAAUGAGAGCUUGGAUAAACUUAAACCUGAGGUAACCAUGGGAAGGGAUGCUGGAGAAAGUGUGGAGAAAACGUCUUUUGGCUAUAAUCACAUGGUGGGACUUGACUCUCAGAAUAUGAAUGUUGUGGAGCCUGGUGGUGAUUCUUCACAGAAGUCAGAGCUAGUGUGUCCUGAAUCAGAUGUUGCUUCCCAUAGGAUGGGUAGGAAAGAAAAAGUCAAGAAGAUCACUGAAUUUCAUGUAGAUGGGAAGACUCAUUUGACAACUCAUCAGCCACCUAUCGUAAAUAAUGUUGAGAAGUUUGCAAAUAAUACUGCCACUGGAAAGGAGGUUAAUAAUCCUACUCAGCCUAAACUUGCACCAAACACUGCAAAUCUCAUGGCUUCUGAUCGUAUGGGGGCUGACUUUGUUGAUGACACGAGAUCUGGAUCACCUGAUGGUUUUAGGAAAUUUCCAGGUUCAACAUGGUUACAUGGUCCUGGAAGUUCAAAUUCUCCAGGCUUUAUUUCUGGUCCUACUCCAAUGGUCGAAUGCCCGUUUUCUGGUAUCGCUUUAGGAAAUGUCUCAGCUGCUCCACCACAUCCUACUUCUGAGGCAGUUCCCUUUAGGAGGAGCGUUAGUCAAAAUGAUGGCAGUUGGAAUAUCUUCCAUCGCGGGGUUCGUUGUGAUGGUUGUGGUGUCCAUCCCAUCGCUGGCCCUAGGUUCAAGUCGAAAGUAAAGGUGGACUAUGACCUGUGCAGCAUUUGCUUUGAAAAAAUGGGAAACUAUAGUGACUAUAUCAGGAUGGAUCGCCCAGCAAUUUAUCGACACCAUAUGUCUUUUAAGGGGUGUCAUGAUGCUCGAGGUAGGGACCGGGGUCCAACUUUACCACAGGUUUGCAGGGGUUUGAAGGCCAAGCUCGACAGUCGCUUCAUUCAAGAUGUAAAUGUAAUGGAUGGUACCGCUAUGGCACCUUUAACUCCAUUUACCAAGAUAUGGCGGAUGAGAAACAAUGGUACAGCUGUGUGGCCCCAGAAAACACAACUUGUUUGGAUUGGAGGAGAUAAAUUGAGUCAUACACUUUCUGUUGAAGUAGAGAUUCCUGCAGCUGGUUUGCUGAUAGACCAGGAGCUUGAUGUUGCAGUUGAUUUCGUUUCUCCUGGGCUUCCAGGGCGGUAUAUCUCGUACUGGAGAAUGGCCUCACCAUCUGGCCAGAAGUUUGGGCAGCGCGUUUGGGUUCUCAUCCAGGUUGAUGCUUCUGUUAAAGAGACACCACGAGAGAGUAUCAGGAACUUGAACCUGAACUUACCCCCUGUAAGCAGCUGCUUAACUGGUCCUGAAAUUAUUAAUGUCGAUUCAGAACCAACAGUAGAAGAGAGGCAACAUCCUGAGCCUGAUAACUCUAAAAGAACUGUGGAAUUAGUGCAACAAAACAUGACUGAGCAGGAAUUGAAGUUUCCAAUCAACGAUAGCUUGUUGGUUGGCAAUGGAGCAUCAACCUCUCUUCCCACUUCUGCUGGUUCAUCAGUUUCAUAUCCUAACAUUGAUCUAGCUGAUGUGGGUCCAGCUCUCCCUUCUGUACUCCCCACUAUGCUUUACCCACUGCCACAACCAACAUCAUCUGCAGCACCUGUUCCGGGUGCAAAGAAAUCUGCAGUGGACCUCCCUGGAAAGAAGCAAGUAGAGGAGGAACUUCUUAGAGAACUCGAUGAGAUGGGCUUCAAACAGGUUGAUCUAAACAAGGAGGUCUUGAGGACGAAUGAGUAUGAUUUGGAGCAAUCUGUAGACCAUCUUUGUGGUAUUGCUGAGUGGGAUCCUAUACUUGAGGAGCUCCAGGAGAUGGGUUUUCACGAUACCGAAAUGAACAAGAUGCUGCUGAAGAAAAAUAAUGGAAGUAUCAAGCGUGUAGUCAUGGAUCUUAUCGCUGGAGAGAAGAUGUAGUACAUGAACAUUAUUGUAAAUGCUGUCAAAAUAAAUGCCAGUGACGAGAGAAACAACUUAUUAGUGUAACCCCUUUCAGUUCCAUGUCUGGCUAGAUUCUGCCUGUCUUGAGUCUGAUUUGUGCUGUUGAACUUGUGGCUGCUGUUACUUAUACAAGUGAUGUAUCCUCUUUAGAUCUCAAAGUCCCCGAUGCAUGGAGAUCACUUUCUUUUUGUCCCCUUGGGUUUUGUUAGUUGCAGAAUGUCGUGUCCCGCCGUGUCUGAGGUAGAAUGUAUAUCAGCUGAUGCCAUGAUAUCUUUAGUAAAAAUGUAGAGAGAAACAAUAAUGCAGCCAUCAAGAGAAAUCUAAUGCAGAGAUUGGGAUGAAGAGUGAUAGAAGGGGAAGGAGACGAGAAGAGAGAGAUAUCAGUUGAUGAGAGAGUAGAAUUCUGAAUAAAUACUUUGCUUGUUAUAUCAUUGUACUGAAUAUAAAGCUACCAUCACUUCUCUCCACAAUAGAAGGAAAUCUUGAAUGAGAAA